AUUUCGUAGUUUUUGUUGCUUCGCGAAGAAAACAUCUCUGGGCCGAGCCAUUUUUAAUUAGCUCGAAUCUCAGAUUUCGUACAAACGAUAUUAUCGUUAGCUAUCCAUGAAAAUUCGAUACGCCGUUAGUCUUUCGGACACUCGACAUUGAUGUGCAGGUGUUGAAGCCCCAGCAGUGCGACGAGCUGUCAACAACGUCGGAGUGUUAUUGUUUUUUUCCUUCCAACUUUAGCAGGUUUAGCAGUUUGCUCUUAUUGAUCGCGGAAAAAUGGCGACCGUUGGCGAGCGUCUGAAUCUCGCAAGAGACGUCAAACGUUCGAUAGAACUUUUGGACAAACUGCAAAAGGGAGGAGAAAUUCCCAGCACGAAAUUGGCCACUCUCCAAAAAGUCUUGCAAAGCGACUUUUUGAACGCAGUACGCGAAGUCUAUGAACACGUUUACGAGACGGUUGAUAUUCAGGGUUCUCAAGAUGUCCGUGCGUCUGCGACCGCAAAAGCAACUGUUGCUGCUUUUGCGGCUAGCGAAGGCCAUGCACAUCCGAGGGUAGUCGAACUGCCAAAAACUGAGGAGGGCCUCGGUUUCAAUGUGAUGGGAGGCAAGGAACAGAAUUCACCGAUUUACAUUUCUAGAAUUAUUCCUGGGGGAGUAGCAGAUCGACACGGGGGUCUGAAACGGGGAGACCAGCUUUUGUCCGUGAAUGGAGUGUGCGUCGAAGGUGAGAAUCACGAAAAAGCUGUAGAGCUUUUGAAACAAGCACAAAAUUCAGUCAAACUUGUUGUUCGUUACACGCCUCGAGUCCUCGAAGAGAUGGAAUUGCGUUUUGACAAGCAACGAGCUGCUCGCAGACGCCAACAUAUGCAAUAAAGAGAAAGUACUGGGGGAACAAAGCAAAA